GGGAAACACAUGCUUGUAUCUAUACCCCAGCAACCAACCCCCAUGAUCCUCACCUGUCGUGCCUCUCGCGCUCAGCGCGGAGUCGACUUGGCUCCAAGCUCCAAGCCUGACGUGACUUCGGGUGACCGUAGAAGUCCAACAGCACAAGUCUGGACUCCAACGGUUUCAAGGGCCGGAAGUUUCGCUGAUUCCGCUGUUGGAACUGCCAAAGAUGGAGUAGCCGAGCCGAGCCGUUGCGCCGUUGCGUGUGGUGGGACCAUCAUGUUGCGCUGGGACCAUCGACUUCAAGUCGGUGGUGUGUUCUGCACCCCACAGCCGUUGUGGAUUGGAGUCGUCACUCUGUUUACUCUACCAUGAUUCAAAACCUAAGUGUGCCAAGCUUCAUAGGACCGUUUGUAUCCAUGUCUUGGUGUUUAUGAGUCCCAUUCUAUCCACUGGGCCCGGGUGUGGCGGUCUCUCCCCCCCCUGGGCUCGGUCCAGCCAUCCGAAGAACCCCAGGCUGUGCCUUCCCGAGCCGGCGCCCCGCUUCUUUGGGCGUCUCACGGCGCGAGGCUGCACGAUGUACACCUUCUGCAAUGUCGAAGGUGUGCCGGAAACGGCCGACUCCACGGACGUGCUCCAAAGCGUGCGACUCUUUCGACAAAACAUGGGCUGGGUCCCCCGGAAUCCCCCCGCAGGACGGGCAUUCUUCCAGUGGCAGUUGAGGCUGGGCGGCUGGUUCAUUUCCUACGAGAACGGCAAGGCCGCCGUCAGCGUGACGCACGCCAAGAAGUGCUUGUCGGUCUGCAUGUGGCAGGUGGAGCCGCAACUCGCCCCUGGGAAGAGCCGGCAACCUGAUGGCUCCACUUGUACUUGGUUUACGAACAACAACCAUUUGCAUGAGGCGGCGGUGAACCGCCGUAAGGAGGGGAAAUUGUCAGAUGAAGAGGAGGUGCCUCGGCUUGACAAUUGCAAGGGAGCCGUGCUACUCCACUUCUGCGUCUGCGACUUUGCCUCGUUCUGGCGGAAGCGCUGGACACAGCUGGGCUACUUGUCCGCGAGCGAUCAGUUCCGCGUGCGGACCAGCUCGGGAGCCAUGAUGGCCCGCUUCUACCGUCUCCAGUGUCAAGGCCGCCAAAGUGAGGCGCGUGAGCUGUUUGCCACAAUGUUCCUCCAGAGCUCAGAGGCCCUGGCGGUGGACCUCGAGGUGAAGAUCUUGGCACAGGCGGAUCCGACCCAUCCGGUGCCCGGUGGGCCCAGCUGGCCAUCUUCACCCAAUCAGGUGCCCUACCUGGAGCUGGCCCAGCAAGCCGAAGAGCGGAAGAAACACUUCGACGCCUGGCUCCUGUACGGCAAAGCCAGCGAGGUGGCCAAUGGUUCAGCCGGUGGCAUCUGGCGACGUCGGGCCCAAGCGGCCAUGGCAGCCGGACUGGAGACGUGCGGGGCCUCCGACGCCGCGAGAGCGGUGAAGCUUGGAGACGUGCUCAGCUACCAAGCGCUGGUCCUUGCAUUGGAGGCCGCUGGGCGCCAUCAAGACGCUGCGGCAGCAGCGAUGGAAGGCGCGAAGCUGCUGAGCGGAAGUCCUAUUGGCCAUGUGCUGCAGGAGUUGGAGCGGAGGCUGCGGGUGGCCACUGAAAGCAGACCAAACUUCACAGGGCGCAUCCUGACGCCCACCGAGUUGCAGGAGGCUGUUCUAAGGGCGAUCCGCCCAGAAGGCCGGCAGUCUCGACUCUUCGCAGCCCUGCUGGCUGUGGCCAUGGGCUGGUGGCACGAAGUGAACGGCGACGAGCAGCUCUUUGCCAAUGCGUUGGGCCGAGCUGCCAUUGGAGCGCGCCGCGAGCUCAGUGCAUUGGACGCUGCCGUGAGGCCGACGCCUUUGCUGCCGGUUCGCGAGCUUUGGGAUCAGGGCGCCGAGGAGCAGUUGAAGGCCUUUGGCGCGGUGUCCCUUUGCUUCAACGGGAUGACAGGCCUUUGGUCAAGCUUGGCUGAAAUUUGCAGGGCCAAACUGGCCGACCGCCGUGAAGUCCUUGUGACCGGCUGCGACAGCGACGAUCCGAGCGGCAACCGGCCGCUGAGCACUGCUUGGUCCCUCCUCAGCGGCCUCACUGCAGAAGUCUUACGAAGCUUCCGACUGAUGGACCUGGAGGUCUUGACCGAGCUGCGGCUUUGCCGUCCGGAGAGCAGCAUGGAGGUGGACAAUGGCGGUUUGCUCCCCGACAAUCGUCGGGAGGUCUCCUUGCGCUUCUUUGUGCCGGUGGAUGGUCAGUCCUGGCAGGAGGCCACCUUGGCCUUGCAGACCAAGGACCGAGAGCUAGCCUUAUCCUAUCCCAUUGAAGCCGGCCGCGCCUACGUGUGGUGGAGCCGCCAAAGCUUCCACCAGCUGCUGGGAGGUGGCUACUUUGCCAUUUGCGCGUGGGCUGUCGUCCGGCAGAAGCCAGACCUCAAGAAGGAGUCUGCUUGAGGUGGAGUUGGCGUCGCCGAACUGGAGAUUGUCGGGCAAAAAGCCCGAGAAGUGACUACCAGAACUUGUUGACUAGCCUACUGAGAAGUGUUUGCCCACCCCGGCAUGUGAGGAUACGUUGAUUUCAUCCGAAGCCCUCCACCCCACUCGCGCUGCAGGGGAAGGCUGACCCCGAACGCCGGCCGUUCGGGAUUGUACAUAGGCGACCACCUGCCGCGACUGAGCCAUCGGACGACCUCACAACAGUCUCCCACGUCGGUAGCUCACCAGGCGUCUCCGACAGCUUGCGACUGAUCAGUGGAAUCCUGGAAGGGUUGCGACGGGUGGGCCCUGUUUCAUCCAUCCAUGGCAGGAAAUCAA